UGCUCGCCUCCUGAUUGGUCCGCCGUGCUUCGCGUCUGCUCCGGACGUGCCCGCUCCAGAGAGUCACCUUGUACCGGUUACCGAGCAGCGGACCGUCCGGCCCAGAGGCUCACAGGCAGGCAGGCAGCGGGAAUCUGACCGGGGACCCCGAAACAUGGCGACCACGAAGCCCAAGACGUCUCCGAAGGCCAUCAAGUUCCUGUUCGGAGGCUUGGCCGGGAUGGGGGCGACAGUCUUUGUGCAGCCGUUGGACCUGGUGAAGAACAGGAUGCAGCUGAGCGGUCAGGGCACGAAGGCUCGAGAGUACAAGACCAGCUUCCACGCUCUGUUCUCCAUCCUGAAGAACGAGGGCGUCGGAGGCAUCUACACCGGUCUGUCAGCAGGUUUGCUGCGCCAGGCGACGUACACGACGACUCGCCUGGGAAUUUACACCAUCCUGUUCGAGAAGAUGACCGGAGCUGACGGCCGGCCGCCAAACUUCUUCCUCAAGGCUCUGAUCGGUAUGACAGCUGGAGCUACAGGAGCCUUUGUGGGGACACCAGCAGAGGUCGCCCUGAUCAGGAUGACGGCUGAUGGACGUCUUCCCGUAGACCAGAGGAGGGGUUACUCUAACGUUUUUAACGCUCUGGCUCGAAUCACCAGAGAAGAAGGCGUCACCACGCUGUGGAGGGGGUGUGUUCCCACGAUGGCUCGAGCGGUGGUGGUGAAUGCAGCUCAGCUGGCCUCCUACUCCCAGUCCAAACAGGCGCUGCUGGACUCAGGGUAUUUCGGGGACGAUAUCUUGUGUCACUUCUGUGCCAGUAUGAUCAGCGGUCUGGUUACCACGGCAGCAUCGAUGCCCGUCGACAUCGUGAAGACCAGGAUCCAGAACAUGAGGAUGAUCGACGGGAAGCCCGAGUAUAAAAACGGCCUGGAGGUGCUGAUGCGAGUUGUGAGGAACGAGGGUUUCUUCUCGCUGUGGAAAGGUUUCACGCCGUACUACGCCCGGCUCGGCCCUCACACCGUCCUCACCUUCAUCUUCCUGGAACAGAUGAACCGCCUCUACAAGACCUACGUCCUGGACCGCUAACACGCACGCACACACACGCACACACACACAGAAACACACGAGGACUGCAGGAGGUGACGGCACAUUUCAAACCCGAAGACCAACGUAAAGAAUUUAAAGGAGCAGUCCCACAUUUACAGAGGAAAGGAGAGCGCGGACUGUUCCUUUAAAAUGCACCAACAUGCGCACAGAGCUGAAAGGAGUUCAGUCAGUGUUAAAACAGGACUGUACCAACUCUCUCACACACACAGACACUGACAUGGUACAGUCCAAACACACACACACACACACACACUAAAUGUUUUAAAUUCUUUUUGUAAAGAAAAGGAUGUAAAAUAAAUAUUCUUCAAACAUCAUUUAGUGAUGUUGUCAAUAAAUAAUAAUAAGAAGUGUUAUUUGCAUAAUUAUGACCCCCCCGCCCUGAUGACCCCUGUGACAGCACCAUGGUUACCACCAGUGAAUAACUGCUGGAAUAAACAUUUUGAGCCUCC